GCUCGUGAACUGCGUUUCUCUCGUACAAUGAUCUUUGCCAUUGAGGAGAUUAACAACAGCACAGAGCUGCUGCCUGGUAUCAGGCUUGGUUAUCAGAUCCAUGACUCAUGCGCUGCAGUGCCUAUGGCCAUGCAAGCUGCUUUUCAGCUAUCCAACGGGGGGGGGAAAGUUUUCUACAAAGAUAGUAAUUGCUCUCAGUCUGGCAUGAUGGCGGCUGUUGUUGCUGAAUCUGGAUCCACACCAUCCAUCAGCAUUUCUCGGAUCAUUGGACCCUUCAACAUUCCCCAAGUCAGCCACUUUGCCACAUGUGCUUGUCUGUCUGAUAAGCAGCAGUAUCCAAAUUUCUUCAGAACAGUUCCCAGUGAUGCAUUUCAGUCUGUAGCGCUGGCUAAGCUGGUGAAACACUUUGGCUGGACUUGGAUAGGUGCUAUCUGCUCUGAUUCAGAUUAUGGCAAUAACGGGAUGGCCUCUUUUCUUCAAGCAGCUCACAAGGAGGGGAUUUGUGUGGAGUUUUCUGAAUCUUUUCAUCGGACGCAGCCUCAUAAAAUCCAGAAAGUGGUUGAUUUCAUCCGCAGGUAAUGUUGUGUGUGGUAAUAGGUAUUUUCCACAUUUUGUCUUUUAUGUUUAUGUUUCCUCAGAGUUUAAUCCUGUUAAAAAUAAUAAAGACAUAACAUGAAGACUUUUAUUGAUUAAAAAUACAUUUAUCAUAUACUUAGAUCAACAGCUAAGGUUGUUGUUGCCUUUGCUGGCUUUGGAGAAAUG